AUGACAUUUGCGGUAAGCAAGCCUCGAGGAGGCACAGGAUUUCCCCAAGAAUGUGACGUUGGUGCUUCUAAAGCCGUGGUCAACGGGUUGGCGCCAGGCAGCAAUGGGCAGGACAAAGCAACUGCCGACCCUUUACGUGCACGCUCUAUUUCUGCUGUUAAAAUAAUUCCCGUGAAGACAGUGAAAAGCUCUUCAGGCCUGGUACUCCCUCCAGACAUGGAUCCUACGAAAAUCUGCACUGGGAAGGGAGCGGUGACUCUCCGGGUCUCAUCUUCCUACAGGGAAAUCCCGAGCAGCGGCCCCAUGAGCCCUCAGGAAACCCCACAGCAUGAAAGCAAACCAGGUGUGUGACCCCUGUGCCUGGGGGAGGGGUUCAGAGUCCCCCCGGGAGGGAGAGAGGCCCUCUUGCUUUUGCUCGGAAGGGUGUGCAUUCACGGGCUGCCCCCGAUUCUCCCAGAGGUCCCUGGAACCGUCAGCACCUCGUUCCAUCUGGGAUGGGUGACGAUCAGUGCCCUAAACUACCAGGUGCUCCCUUGCUUCGGGCAGAGGCAUGGCAGUGGCCACCGCUUUGUUAGCUGGUGACUGGAGAGAUGAGGAGAAACCUCGUUACAGGGCUGGUGGCUCUACAGACUCCAUUCUCGAGGACAGAGGUGGCUUAGGCUGCAUGGGUGGGGAGUGGUGCG